AUGAAUGCGCAACUGAUCAAAGCACGGAUAAACGUAACUGUUGACUUCAAAGGCAGCAUCAGCAGCCUGCAGUUUUACUAUGACCGACAGUACUGCAUCGAAGUAAAUGUGCUGCAGGAAGGAUGUGUUGCGAUGGUGUCCGAGAAUGAUGGACUUGAAACCUACAGGGCGUUUUGUUGCUGUCUAGAAAAAUGCGAGAGUGUUGGCCACGCGAUCCAAGCGAUGCAGAAGAGUUUCGAAGAUGCUCUGUUUGGCAACUACUGA